CUUGGGGCACUCCAAUAUCAGUUUCCAGCAAACGCUAAACCAACACCGAAAUGAAGCAUUCCCUGGCCGUCUUGGGCCUUUUCCUGGCCCUCAACUUCGCCCUGCCCUCGGGGGCGAUGGGCAAGCUGUGCGAUGUCAGUGCCAUCUUCAAUACGGCCAAGGCCAUGUGCCAGCUAAAUCCAUUCAAGGACAACUGCGCAGAGAUCGAUCAGGGCGUGGAGAGCUUCUCGCAGCUGGUGCUGGCUCGCCAGUCCCAACUCUGCAAGAUCCCCGGUCCCAUUUGGCUGCUGUGCAAGUACUGCGAGGCCACGGAGCCAGAGUCGUCCCAGCAGGCAGAUGCAACAAAUGGCACGGCAGCGGCUGGCAAUGGAACCGCUGCGGCAGGCGCCAGUCGCUCGCUGCCAAUCGCCAUUCCACCCAUAAUUCCCGGCCUUUAAUAAUGCUUUUAUUCAGUUUAUUCUGCGUCUAUUUCACGUUCUUUUUGGCAUGUCAAUU